AUGGAAGCUGUAGGUCAGAAGCUGCUGGAUUUCUCGCAGCCCUUUGACGUGACAGCUCUGGAUCAGGUCGUGCAGUGCAUGAACGAUCCUAAAAGCCCUCACCAACGAGUGGCCAAUCAGAUCAUGGUGGCAUUGCAGGAGCACCAAGAUUCGUGGACGCGUGCUUCUGACAUCUUGGAGCAGUCAAGCAGCAUUCAGACCAAGUUUUUUGGACUACAGAUCUUGGAGGAUGCUAUCCGGUACCGUUGGAAGAUCUUGCCCAAGGAGCAACGUGAAGGCAUUAAGAGCUACAUUGUCGGCAAACUGCUGUCGAUGUCGUCGGAUGAGUCUACUCUGCACAACCAGCGCAUUUUUGUGAACAAGAUGGACCUUGUAUUGGUCCAGGUGUUAAAACACGAGUGGCCGCAGAACUGGCCGUCGUUUAUCACGGACAUCGUCAACUCGAGCAAGACCUCGGAGAUAAUGUGUGAGAACAACAUGACUAUCUUGAAGCUGCUGAGUGAAGAAGUGUUUGACUUUUCUAAGGACCAGCUCACGGAGCAGAAGACCAAGACGCUAAAAGAAAGCCUCAACCAUGAAUUUACCCAGAUUUUUCAGUUGUGUGAGUUCGUGCUGAACAAGUCGACACACGUUCCGCUUCUCCAGAUUACAUUACAAACGCUGCUUCGUUUCUUAAGUUGGAUCCCCCUUGGAUUCAUCUUUGAGACGGAUCUCAUCCAGAUCCUCGUCACAAAAUUCCUGGCUACGAAUGUGUUUCGCAACGAUACUAUCAGCUGCUUGAGCGAGAUCGCUCAGCUGGGCGAUGUUCCAGAGCAGUACAACAACUUGUACAUUCAACUGUACAUGGGUGUGCUGAAUGAGGUGGGUAAGAUUCUUCCGCCUGGUAGUUCGUUCACUCCUUUCUGGGAACAAGAUGAGGUGUUCGUCCAGCGUUUAAGUAUUUUCUUCACGAGUUUCUUUCGCUUCCACAUUCAAGUUAUUGAGCGACCAAUAUCCGUGCCGGGCGAUGAGGCUCAUCAAGCGCUCCUGGCAGGUUUCACAUACCUCGUAUGCAUUGCCGAGGUAGACGACGACAGCAUUUUCAAGAUCUGUUUGGAUUACUGGCACUUCUUCACACGAGACUUGUACACGGUUGAUCAGAACCAGAUGAACCCGCUUGCAGGCUUUCAAAACCAAACUCGCAGCCGGCGUGACCUUGUGUCACCCGUUAUGAACCGUGUGCGCCACGUUAUGAUCUCGAAGAUGGUGAAACCGUCUGAAGUGUUGAUUGUGGAAGACGAAAAUGGUGAAAUCGUGCGCGAGACGACCAAGGAUACAGAAGCGCUGUCGCAGUACAAGACGAUGCACGAGACGCUUGUGUAUCUGACUCACUUGAACUACGAUGACACGGAGACUAUCAUGCUAGAAAAGCUUACUGCUCAGGUCGAGGGCACGGAGUGGUCGUGGAACAACCUGAACACGCUGUGCUGGGCUAUCGGCUCGAUUUCUGGCGCAAUGAGUGAAGAGAACGAGAAGCGUUUCUUGGUCACUGUGAUUAAAGAUUUGCUGGGGCUGUGUGAGAUGAAGCGUGGCAAGGAUAACAAGGCUGUGGUCGCCUCGAACAUAAUGUAUGUCGUAGGCCAGUACCCUCGUUUCCUGCGUGCACACUGGAAGUUCCUUCGCACCGUCGUGAACAAGCUAUUCGAGUUCAUGCACGAGCUCCACCCUGGUGUACAAGAUAUGGCAUGUGAUACCUUUCUCAAAAUUUCGCAGAAGUGCCGGCGUAAGUUUGUAGUUUUGCAGAGUGGCGAAACCCGCCCGUUUGUGGAGGAGCUACUGGAGGAGCUGCCUCGUAUUGUGUCGGACCUGGAAACUCACCAAGUGCACACGUUUUACGAGGCUGUGGCAUCUAUGCUUGCUGCUGAAAAUGAUGCUGGCCGGAAGGAAGUGCUCCUUGGUCGCUUGAUGAACCUCCCCAACGAGGCUUGGAAGUCCAUUAUGUCCCAAGCAGCUCAAGAUGUGAGCAUUUUGUACGACAGCCGGGGUAUCAAGGAGAUUGUGAAAAUUAUUCGAACAAACGUAAAAGUGUGCAAGGCCAUCGGGCCUAAUGGUUUUAACUCGCAAAUGGGCUACAUUUUCCAGGACAUGUUAAACGUUUACGUGGCAUACACGCAGCGGAUUGCAAUGAUGGUCGAACAAGGCGGAGAGAUCGCAGUGAAGACGUCGGAGGUGCGUUCACUGCGUAGUGCCAAAAAGGAGAGUUUGCGCCUUAUGGAUGCGUUUGUGGAGCACACAGCUGGCGAUGACUCGGCUCGGCAAUUCGUGGCCACUCACUUUCUGCCUAAGCUCUUGGAGAGGGUCCUCUCGGACUACCAGAACACAACUCCUGCGGCAAAAGAAGCGGAGGUGCUUAGCUUGCUGGCAACUAGCAUUAACAAGCUCAAGAACAUCAUUGCGCCCACAGUGCCAUUGAUCCUCGAAUCUGUGUUUGAGUGCACACUCCAAAUGAUUACGAAGAACUUCGAGGAUUUUCCGGAGCAUCGCGUGAAUUUUUUCAAGCUGCUGCAGGCUGUAAAUGAUUUCUGCUUCGAAGCGCUGUUCAGUAUCCCGCAAGAACAUCAGAAGCUGGUCGUGGACUCGAUCAUAUGGGCUUUUAAACACACGGAGCGCAACGUUGCAGAUACGGGUCUGGCAACGCUGUUUGGUCUGCUACUGAACAUCCAAGAAAACCCCCAGAUCGCCGCUGGCUUCUACCGAUCGUUUUACCUAUUGCUGCUACAGGAUAUUUUGGCUGUGUUGACUGACCGUCUUCACAAGUUUGGCUUCAAGCUACACGCGGCAAUCUUGCGCCACAUGUUUUCCAUCGUGGAAAACAACCACGUGGUUGUGCCUCUUUGGGAGUCUGUGCCUAAUGCGGGUGCCAUGCCCCAGGGACAAACGAACUCGGCUUUCCUUAAAGACUACGUAGCGAACCUGAUUGGUUCGUCGUUCCCGAACCUGUCCCGUGCUCAGGUGGUGGAGUUUGUAGUUGGCUGCUUUGAUAUGUCAAAAGACCUGCCGACAUUCAAGAAGCAUCUGCGUGAUUUUCUCGUAAACAUCAAGGAAUUUGCUGGCGAAGACAAUGCUGAGCUGUUUUUGGAAGAAAACCUUGCCCGGACUCAGCUGCAGGAGAAGCAGGAUUUGGCCGCGAAGCUCGCAGUGCCAGGCCUCGUGAAUCCGAACGAACGUCCAGAUGAAAUGGCCGACUUGUAG